AUGGAACAUGUAUUUAAUCCUAAUGAAGAAGGUUUCAGCUCAUCCAGAACUCUGGUGCUUCAGGGAUGUGCUGAGACUGGGAAAACAGCUAUGGUUCCCAAAUUCAUGUUUGACUGGGCAGCAGGAAUGGUCACUCCAGGCAGAUUUGACUAUCUCAUUUAUGUCAGUUGCAGAGAAAUCAGCCACACUAAUAAUCUUAGUGCUGUUGACCUGAUCACUAACAUAUUUCAAGACAUAAAGGGACCAAUCCUGGACAUUAUACUUCUAUAUCCAGAGAAACUUCUAUUUAUUCUUGAUGGAUUUUCUGAGCUGCAAUACCAUGGGGGUGACCAAGAAGAGGAUCUUACUGAUAAUCCCCAGGAGAGGAAGCCAGUAGAGAUACUCUUGUGCAGUUUGGUGAAGAAAAACUUUCCUGAAUCCUCUCUCCUAAUAACUGCCCGGCUCACAGCCAUGAAGAAACUCCACUCUCUGUUAAAGCAACCUAUCCAGGCAGAAGUCCUAUAGUUUACAGAUGCUGAAAAAAGAGCAUAUUUCUUGAGUCAGUUUUCAGGUGCUAAUGCAGCUAUGAAAAUCUUCUAUGGAGAUGUCAAUGUCUAUACUUUUCUUCACUUCAGUUUCCAAGAAUUCCUGACUGCUGUGUUCUAUGCCCUGAAGACUGACAGAAAAAUGAUAUUUUUUGUCAUGUGGGAAAAACAUGGCAAGAAAUAUUCCAACAAUAUGGAAAAGGGUUUUCAUCACCAAUGA